GAUCCCGCUCUGCUUGAAGCGACGCUUCUCCCUGCUGCGGAUUUCCUCCAUCGCCGGGCUGGUGUGCACGCUGUAUGUUUUCCUCUACGUCACCUUGGACUCCAUCAGUUUCCUACUUAAUCAAUCGAGCGGGCUGGAGGGUUUCGACGACUUGGCGCCGGAUUGGCUUGGUUCUUUGCGAAGUUUCGGCAUCUACUCUUGCGCCUUCAUGGCGCACUUCAAUGCGCCUGCUUUCUAUGCUGAUCUGGAAGGUCGGACGCCCAUGAAAUUCGCGGAGGUCUGUGGAGCCGCAUACAUCUUGGCCUUCCUGAUCUAUGCUGCGUUCGGCUUGGCUGGUUUCGCGCGUUUCGGCAAAGACGUGCCGGGCAACGCGCUGACGGGCUACGAUUUGGAUACCAAGGUUCUUUUCAUGUGGUUGGGCAUGGCGCUCUGUGUAGCUGCCUCUUUUCCAUUGGUUUUCUUCGCGCAUCGUGACGCGCUGCGGCGCUUGAUCGGUCGAACGCUGGGAUGGCCAUUAGAAGACCAUCGAACUGUGCACGGCGUCGCGUUCACUGUGGUCUCCGUGCUUGCCCUGGCGACCGCUGGGGCGGUCUUGGAGGAUGUGUCCUUCGUGGUCUCCUUGUGUGGAGCAUGCUCUGGAGCCUGUUUGGCUUUUAUUCUUCCAGGUGCGAUCAUGUUGAAGAUCAGCGCCCGAAAAGACACCGGUCCUACGCUUCGCUGGCCCAAAUUGGCCAAGACCUUCAUCACCUUAGGUAUCGUCUUGGGGUGCCUCUCGACGGUGGCAGUCUUGGACCCAUAGGGUCCAUGGCACCAAGAAGGGUUGAGGUGUACAUAGAUCUUAUGGAUCAGUGGUGUUUCUCCAAUCCCAACUGGAAGCCCA